ACCAUCUGGAUCCAGAGACAUGUAGCUAUACACAGACAGCAGGGACUAGGAUUAAGAUGCUCUGGUUUCAAGGAAAUAGCAUGCAACUUGCCAAGUACUCCUUUCAACUCUUCCUGAGAAAUCUCUCGGCCUCUAAGACUGUUCUGCCUGUGCUGACCUUAUUCACAAAGGAUCCAUGUCCCCUUUGUGAUGAAGCUAAGGAAGCACUGGAACCUUAUAAAAACAGGUUUAUUUUACAGGAGGUGGACAUCACACUUCCAGAAAACUCUGCUUGGUACGAGAGGUAUAAAUUUGACAUCCCUGUCUUUCAUUUGAAUGGCACGUUUCUGAUGAUGCAUCGAGUAAACAUCUCAAAACUUGAAAAACAGCUCCAGAAACUUGAGCAGCAAGGUAUUAAAACUAAAGUGUUGCCUGAAGCACCAAAACAAAAUAGGAGCUACAUCCCAAAGGAAAUACUAGAUUACAUAGGAUUGCUGGAGAUGGGAGAGAGUAUAUCUGAAGAAUUUAUAAAUGCCCAGAAAGCUGGAGGACAUCUUAGCACCUUUCACCAGACAACAUGCCUGCCUCUCCCCCUUCCCCGCCCUUCCCCCAUCCCAACCCUAGAAGAAUCAGAAGCUGCCAGGAGCAAGGACAUAAAGACCUUUCCCUUCUAGACCUUCCCAC